GGAUUUCUUGCUAUUAGUUAGAAUCUGCUUAUAUGACUUUGAGUGGUUGGAGAAAGGAGGGGAGGUUUCUUUGCUGUGUAUUAAGUUGCUGCUAGUCAGUGUUAACAGCAGUGAACAGUAUAUCUUAUGACCAUCAUUUGUGUCAUAUUUUGGAAAAUAUGCAUUCUGAAUUUUAAAGAAUGGACUUGCACAUUUAUUUUGGAUCACACCUCUUUUGUAAGUCAGAGAUUGCCCUUUGGUUUUAUUAGCUGAGAAGAAAUUGCUACAAGUUUCGAAAAAUUAAGUCUGAGAAAACUGAGUAUGAGAAACACUUAUUUUGUUGGUAGAGUGAGACAUUUUCCUAUCAUUUAAUAUUCACUUUUAUUUUUCAUACUUGCAGACAAGAUCGUCAGAUGUUCAUUCAUCUGGAUCUUCAGAUGCGCAUAUGGAUGCAUCCGGACCCUCAGAUAGUGAUAUGCCUAGCCGGACACGACCUAAGAGCCCAAGAAAACAUAAUUAUAGGAAUGAAAAUGCCCGUGAGAGCCUUUGUGAUUCUCCUCACCAGGCUAUCUCAAGACCUCUUCUAGAAAACAAACUUAAAGCAUUCAGUAUUGGAAAAAUGAGUACAGCUAAGAGAACUUUAAGUAAGAAGGAGCAAGAAGAAUUGAAGAAAAAGGAGGAUGAGAAAGCUGCUGCUGAGAUUUAUGAGGAAUUCCUUGCUGCUUUUGAAGGAAGUGAUGGUAAUAAGGUGAAGACGUUUGUGCGCGGAGGUGUUGUUAAUGCAGCUAAAGAAGAACAUGAGACAGAUGAAAAAAGAGGCAAAAUCUAUAAGCCAUCUUCAAGAUUUGCAGAUCAAAAAAACCCUCCAAGUCAGUCAUCUAAUGAAAGACCACCAUCUCUUCUUGUGAUAGAAACCAAAAAACCUCCACUGAAGAAAGGGGAGAAAGAAAAGAAAAAAAGCAAUUUGGAACUCUUCAAAGAAGAAUUGAAACAAAUUCAAGAAGAGCGUGAUGAAAGACAUAAAACAAAAGGCAGGUUAAGUCGAUUUGAGCCACCUCAGUCAGAUUCUGAUGGUCAACGGCGUUCCAUGGAUGCGCCUUCAAGAAGAAAUAGAUCAUCUGGUGUCCUCGAUGAUUAUGCACCUGGGUCACAUGACGUGGGAGAUCCAAGCACUACUAAUUUAUACCUUGGGAACAUUAAUCCACAGAUGAAUGAAGAAAUGCUAUGCCAAGAAUUUGGAAGAUUUGGACCAUUAGCCAGUGUGAAAAUUAUGUGGCCUAGAACUGAUGAAGAAAGAGCCAGAGAGAGAAAUUGUGGUUUUGUGGCCUUUAUGAAUAGAAGAGAUGCUGAAAGAGCUUUAAAAAAUUUAAAUGGAAAGAUGAUUAUGUCUUUUGAAAUGAAGUUAGGUUGGGGUAAAGCUGUGCCUAUUCCUCCACAUCCAAUAUACAUUCCGCCUUCUAUGAUGGAACAUACGCUUCCCCCACCUCCAUCAGGACUGCCUUUUAAUGCGCAGCCUAGAGAGCGGUUAAAAAACCCCAAUGCUCCCAUGUUACCGCCACCUAAAAACAAGGAGGAUUUUGAGAAGACUCUGUCGCAAGCCAUAGUCAAAGUGGUUAUCCCAACAGAAAGGAAUUUGCUCGCCCUGAUACAUCGAAUGAUAGAGUUUGUUGUACGUGAAGGGCCAAUGUUUGAAGCUAUGAUUAUGAACAGAGAAAUCAACAAUCCCAUGUUCAGGUUCUUAUUUGAAAACCAGACACCAGCUCAUGUUUACUAUAGGUGGAAGCUUUAUUCUAUUCUACAGGGAGAUUCUCCAACUAAGUGGCGGACGGAAGAUUUUCGUAUGUUCAAAAAUGGAUCUUUUUGGAGGCCACCACCAUUAAAUCCAUACCUGCAUGGGAUGUCAGAAGAGCAAGAAACAGAAGCUUUUGUAGAGGAACCUAGUAAAAAGGGAGCACUUAAGGAAGAACAGAGGGACAAAUUAGAAGAAAUCCUGCGGGGGUUAACGCCACGGAAAAAUGAUAUUGGAGAUGCAAUGGUUUUCUGUCUUAAUAAUGCCGAAGCUGCUGAAGAAAUAGUGGAUUGCAUUACUGAGUCAUUGUCAAUCCUGAAGACACCCCUUCCCAAAAAGAUUGCCAGAUUAUAUUUGGUUUCUGAUGUUUUGUACAACUCUUCAGCAAAAGUUGCCAAUGCUUCAUAUUAUAGAAAAUUUUUUGAAACAAAGUUAUGUCAGAUAUUUUCAGACCUCAAUGCUACCUAUCGAACGAUUCAAGGCCAUUUACAGUCUGAAAACUUUAAGCAACGGGUAAUGACCUGCUUCAGAGCAUGGGAAGAUUGGGCAAUUUACCCAGAACCAUUUUUGAUCAAACUACAAAAUAUUUUCUUAGGACUUGUAAAUAUUAUUGAAGAAAAAGAAACAGAGGAUGUCCCAGAUGACCUUGACGGUGCCCCUAUUGAGGAAGAACUUGAUGGUGCACCUUUAGAAGACGUGGAUGGAAUUCCCAUUGAUGCUGCUCCCAUCGACGACCUUGACGGCGUCCCUAUAAAGAGUUUUGAUGAUGACCUUGAUGGAGUACCUCUGGAUGCGACUGAGGACUCAAAGAAGAAUGAGCCGAUAUUUAAAGUGGCCCCAUCAAAAUGGGAAGCUGUGGAUGAAUCUGAAUUGGAAGCACAGGCUGUAACAACGUCUAAAUGGGAGUUAUUUGACCAGCACGAGGAAUCAGAGGAAGAAGAAAAUCAAAAUCAGGAAGAAGAGAGCGAAGAUGAAGAGGACACUCAGAGCUCCAAAUCCGAAGAACAGCAUCUGUAUUCUAAUCCUAUCAAAGAAGACAUGGCUGAGUCCAAGUUCUCCAAGUUCUCUGAAAUGAGUGAGGAGAAACGAGCCAAACUCCGUGAGAUCGAGCUCAAAGUUAUGAAGUUUCAGGAUGAAUUGGAAUCUGGAAAAAGACCUAAAAAACCAGGCCAGAGCUUUCAGGAGCAAGUGGAACACUACAGAGAUAAACUUCUUCAACGAGAGAAAGAGAAAGAAUUAGAAAGAGAACGAGAAAGAGACAAGAAGGAUAAAGAGAAACUGGAGUCUCGGUCCAAGGACAAGAAGGAAAAGGAGGAGUGCACCCCCACCCGGAAGGAGAGGAAAAGGCGACACAGUACGUCCCCUAGCCCAUCUCGCAGUAGCAGUGGUAGACGAGUGAAGUCCCCAUCACCAAAGUCGGAACGAUCCGAGCGUUCAGAAAGAUCUCAUAAAGAGAGCUCACGGUCGAGGUCAUCUCACAAAGACUCUCCCAGAGAUGUUAGCAAAAAGGCCAAAAGAUCACCAUCUGGUUCAAGGACACCUAAAAGGUCUAGGCGAUCGCGGUCUAGAUCCCCUAAAAAAUCAGGGAAGAAAUCCAGAUCCCAGUCCCGAUCUCCACACAGGUCUCAUAAAAAGUCAAAGAAAAACAAACACUGACAAACAUUUUUAAGAUGCUGUCACUUAUUGGAAAUGCGAUUUUGUUUUGUGCCUGAACGGUCUGUUUUUAAAAAAAAAAAAAAUCAAAUGAAAGAGCAUUCCUGGGGUUUUUGUUUAUUUGUUUGUGAACGCAUGUGUAAGCUCAUGAGCAACCGCAUCUGUAGACCUGUCAUGUUUUAUAUUGUGUAAAUUACUUUCGUUGUGGCUGUUUUCAAGAUGAAAUUUUUAUUGUGGUAAUGAAUUUCAUCAGAAAUGUGUAUAAUGGGCCUGCUGGCAGUAGCAGUGUUUUGCUUUAGGAUGCUGUGACUUAGCAAAACUAAUGCAGAUGUCUCCCCGUUUUGUAGCUUUGACAGUUUGAAUUAGAUUUCAAAUAAAAUCUGAAGAGAAAACCACAAUGUUGUUUUUUUGCCGUAUUGGUGACAUCAGUCCCUUAAAGUCCCACUAAGUGAGUUUAGCGCUUCUGUGUUUCUAUACCUAACGCACUUUACAAGCUCCAUUGUUCAAGCAGCUCAAGUUUUAUAUUUACUAAGAUGACUGUAAAAAUGAGAGAACCUGAGACUACUAUUUGGUAGGUUUACCCCAGUUUCUGUGAUGAGGUCCUCUGGGUAAUACUAGUACCCACAGGUCAGAAGACAGGGUGAAUGUGACAUGGUCUGUUGUUAAUGGGAUGGUUGGCUACCAUAUUUUUACUUUUUUCAAAGAAGCAAUAUGACUUUAAUACACUCAGCCUGUGUCCUGAGCAACUGCUUAUUAUUAGGGAAUUAAAUCUCCAUCUUUUGAUUUCAUCUGGUAUGAAAGAAGUGUAUUUUAAAAGAAAUUUUCGAACAAGAGUUGGCCAUAGGAUUACUUGUUUGAUAGUUGCCCCUUUAGGGCCCUCUGUAGGCUAUCUUCAAACCCUGAUUAGUACAAGGUUCUGUUUAAAGCACCUUUGUUUUUUGUUUUGUUUUUUAAAAAGAUAUAGUGUUAGCUUUAAGUAAAAUUUAAAAAUAAAAUAGUUUUAAGGAAACUUAACAUCCAGUGGUUUGUAAGUUCAAGGUACAGAAAGUUAAUCUGAACCAUUUGCAGAAUUGAAAUCUGUUAGGCAGUGGGAGAAACAUUGCUGCCAUCCAAGGAAGAAAUGAGAGACCGUGCAUGGUGUUGAUCACACUGUUGCUAUAAAUGCAGCGGGAUAAAGGCCUGUGUGACUUGAACUGACACCGCUCUUUCUGAAUCUGCCUCCGGUUCUCAUUUGGGCACUGUAUACUGUGAUUUGAUGGGGGUUUCCCCUUAAAAGAGAGGAGAAAACUAUUCCCAGUAAUAGGUUGUUUUGAGUUAACUUGCUUUUUAAAAAUAUCUUUAAGUUGUUUUAUUUAAUCUUGCCUAGUCACAAAAUAAAAUAAGAUGUACCCAUUUUGGGGGGAGUUAGGUAUACUAGCUGAGCAGUGGGCCAUGCUAUUGCCAAACUGGGCAAGGCCUGCAGUAGCUUUAGAAAUGAGCCAACCAGUUUAUUUUACUUGGUAGUUCUUACCAGUAUGCAAUAGUGCUUGGAAAUUAUUCUUUUAUAGUUCACCCUUUUGUUCAUAUUUGUUAAUUUCUAAAUGUUGCUCAGAAUAAACAUGAACAUUUGGUGCUGGUUUUUAAAAACUUACAAAUAUAGCCAUUUUUAAAGUUACAUGUUUUUCUUUGUUCAUUGCCUGAGAGAAUGGAAUUUUAUAUAAUUACCCUUUUUUUUUUUUGCAAAAAUAAUAAUGUUGAGUUUGUGCUGAUUUGGGCGUUCCAUCAUUCUCUGGUAUCCAGUAUAGGCUUAGAAAUACUUAGGCAGUGGUUUGCCAAUCAGGUUGCAAGGAAUGUUAUUUCUGUCUCUUUUGAAAAAUAUGCUGGAGAGGUAGGAAUGAGUAGAAAUUGUUAGGUCAGUUUUGGGUGCUUAUUCGUAGUAUUUUUUCUACUGCAAUAGGAUUUAGCAGAUCUUUUCAUUUAUAUCCAGAUAAUGGUGAACAUUGUUUAUGUCACAGUGGGUAAGACUCCCCCUGUUGGAUGGAUGGGUGGGGAUUGCUUAGGCUUAAUAGAAUAUGUAUUCUCUGAAGUUUGUUAAUGAGUGUAUUAUAUUGUAUUGGGUUUUUAUUCUGGAAUUGCAAAUAAUAUUGUUAGAUAGUUUAUUUCCAAUUUUACUUAAUGAGAAAAUAUCUAAAGUAGCCUGUUUAAUUCUCCAUGGAUUCUCUGAAAGUUUAAUGGGACCAGGAAUUGAUGAUUAGUAAGGGGAGAGGCAUUCUACCAUAUUUUUAUAACAGCAUAUUAUUCAUGUUUCCUAUCUAAAGAACACUCUUAAUUGGAUAGUGAAAUUUCUCCAGGUUGACUGAAAUGUUCAUAGACAGGGCCUUCUAGUUACAGGAAAUGCCCUGUUCUGGCUCUGUGAUAGGCAGUUACUGUCUUCUGCUGUAGUUGUCUGCUCUUAUAAAGGGCAUCACGUAAACCCUUGACUCUCUAACCCAACCCUUUGUACACAGGGAUUCCUUACCAGGUUAUUAUCAUGUUAUCUCCUCUCUUCUGCAGGUGAGAGAAAGUAAGUAAAUGGUGCUCUGUUUCUUACCAGAGAGACCUGUGAUGGAAAAAAUCAUGUGUGGAAAUUGUUUUUUGACACUGUAUUUACUUGUUACUGUUAGUAAGUGUAUGGGCAUUUCUGAACUGUAACAUGUUGAGAACUUAGAGAUUAAAGAACUAAACAAAAAGCCCUGACCCCAAAGAAUGCUCUUAUUUUGUCUCAGAAUGUUUUUGGCUUUUCAGCUAAAGUUUGCAGAAGUUACUAUACCCUCACCUAAUUUUCUUUAUUACAGACCAUCCAUGUGGGCUUACCCUGAGACUUUUAUCCUAAUUAAAGAAUCUCAGAGGGAAGAAAUUUUUUUAUUUUCCCCCAAAAAACUUUAAUAUUCUUGAGCACUUGAAAAUAUUUUUAAGAAAUUCCAGUUGUGAUGUAAUUUAGGUUUAUUAGAAAUAUUCUGUACGCAUUUGCCUCUGUGGUGGUAUAAGUUCUGAAAAAUUAUAUGGCCGUGGUAAUAGUUUAUCAUUUUGAUUAUUAAAAAUGAGAGCAAAUUAAUCUGUUUGCCAAAGUUACCCUAUUCUUAGAUGACCACAACAGUAUGGUUUCUUUAGCAGAGAAAAUUGUUUUUAAAAAUAAAUAGCACCACUUUUCUACGACUGUACAUUUAAGAAGUAAGAGCUUUUUUCCCCUUUGUUUUCCUCUUUUAUUUUAAUGGAAAAGCUAAUUAGAGGAAAUUCAGUGUAGAUACUGAUGAAGGCACUAGCGUAAGUUUAAAGGAGCACAUGACUGUCAGGACUCAGAGAGCUUGGCUUAGGCACAUUUCACAUGCAUGUUUUAGAGUAGAGUUUAGGGGCCUUUAAUUCAUUGUCCUUUUGGCUUUUUCUUUAUUUUGUUAUCAACUUCCCAGGACUUAGAUAAUACACAGAUGCCAACCCCAGGGGAGUGCUGUGAUGACAGACCGUGGGGACUGCUGCUGCUCAGGUGAGCCCCGUCCCACUGGUCGCCGUCUGCUCCGCGCCCUCCAAGCUUCGUGGACGUGGGCUACAUGCAUAACUUACGAGUUUAUAGAUCUGUAGAUAAAAUGUCCUCAUUCAUUUCACUUGUAAUUAUGCUUGGAGUGUUUGUGAUUUAUCUUUUCACUUCAGCAGGCUCUUGUACAUUUUAUCUUUGGUGAUUUUAACUAUCUGGAAAGACAGUUUUUCAGAAAUGAAAAUAAUACAGUUGAAGUCAACUCAGCUGAAUUGUUCCCCAGUAAGACAGCGUCUUUUGGGUGAACCGAUUCCUUAACUGAGUUACUCUUGAUUUGAGGGUCAAGUGUAUUGUGGAGCUGCUUUCCAGGCUGUCACUUUAUAGUUUUUCUGCAUAAAGAUAUACAGUUAUAAAGGUUGUAGAAUUUCCCUUUUGUUGUUGUUUUUUGACUUUUGAUUACUUUAAUAAAAAUACGUUGUUUUUAUAGCAAACUGUAGACUGUUCACGUAAUUUUCUCCAUAUAGUUUUCUAAUGCGAGCCCAGUAAACCACCUAGUUCUCGGCAGCUUUCUCCAAGUGAAAUAAGUGAUGUGAUUUCACAUGUUUAAACUACAAUAAAAUAUUUUCAUGACA